AUGGCUCGAAAAAGGAUCCUUGUCAUUGCCGGUUCGGAUAGCUCAGGUGGAGCGGGCCUCGAGGCGGACCAAAAGGUCAUCGCUACUCAUGGGUGUUAUGCAAUGACGGCAACCACAGCGUUGACGGCCCAAAAUACUUUAGGAGUGGUCGACAUACAUUACACACCUCCACCAUUUCUGCAAAAGCAAAUUGAUGCUUGCAUUGAGGAUAUUGGCGUUGAUGUUGUCAAGACAGGUAUGCUAGCAUCCGUAGAUGCAGUACGUGUUGUUGCCGAUAGUUUUCGACGUCACAAUGUCAAAGUCUCCGUGGUCGAUCCAGUGAUGAUCUCAACGAGUGGCUCACAAUUAUUGCCCAAAGAAGCCGUGUCGACCCUGAUCAAAGAUCUUCUGCCUUUAACAACAAUCUUGACGCCCAAUCUACCAGAAGCUAAGCUGCUUCUAGAGAUUGCAGGUGUCCCAUUCAAAGAACCGCAGAAUGUUGACGAUAUCAUCUCCAUCGCCAAAUCGAUACAACAGUUGGGCCCAAGAUAUGUCCUUCUUAAAGGAGGUCAUCUACCUCUUACCAAGGGUCGCCUUGUAUCCAAAGAGGAGGCGGAUCAACAUAUUGUACUUAAUGUGCUCUAUGGUGAUGGAGACGCAACCUUGAUGGAAUCUGAUUACUUGAAAACCAAAAACACUCACGGAACAGGUUGCUCUCUAGCAUCGGCAAUUGCUUGCAAUCUUGCAUAUGGUCUGGAGAUCAUAGCUGCUGUCAAGAAAGCUAACCUCUACAUCGAGGCAGGAAUCAAGACAAGCCAAGAUCUUGGUUGCGGCAAUGGUCCUAUCAAUCAUUUCCACUCUGUGUACACUCUACCAUUCUCUCCAGGCGGUUUCAUUCCAUAUCUACUUGAUCGAGAAGACGUGCGCGGGCCGUGGAAGGAAUAUACAGAGCACUUAUUCGUUCAGCAGCUUGCCGAUGGGUCACUUCCUAUUGAGAAUUUCAGCCACUAUCUGAUUCAAGAUUAUCUCUUCCUGAUACAAUUCGCUCGUGCAAAUGCAUUGGCUUCAUACAAAUCAAAAUCAAUAACAGACAUUGGACGGUCUGCGCAACAAGUGCUUCAUUUGCAGGAAGAGAUGAAGUUGCACAUUGAAUAUUGCCGAGAACACGGCUUAUCAGUGGAUGAUAUCGAGAAACAGGAAGAAGAUCAAGACAGGUAUGUCUUGGAUGUCGGUCAAUCAGAGGACUGGUUGGCUCUACAAAUAGCGCUUCUACCAUGUCUCAUCGGAUAUGGCAUCAUUGCGCGCCGACUUUAUGAUGAUCCAAAAUCCAAAAGGGAUGGAAACAAGUACUGGAAAUGGAUUGAGACAUACAUCGGAAACGACUAUGUUGAGGCAGUUCGAAACGGAUCAGACUUAAUUGAGGGACAUGCACAAAAGCAGUCUGUCUCAAGGAUCGAUGAACUAGCGGAGAUUUUCAUCCAUGCUACUAAGAUGGAGAGAGGGUUCUGGGACAUGGGGCUAGCAGCAAAUGGUGCGCGUCUAUCGCAAACUGCAACGCCCAACUUUUCUCCUUCACUCUCAUCUCCCUCACCACAAGAUCAACAUCUUUCUUCGUGUGAUCUCUCCCUUUUUCAAGUUUUCAGUGACUCUCCCAGAUCAUCAACCAUGUCUUACGACGGAGGUUACGGAGGUCGCAACGGCCACUCCAACGGCAACGGGUACGGCGAACAAAGCGGUGGAUACGGGGCUUACAAUCACCAUUACAACCAAUACACUACUGCGUAUGGCAACGGCUACUCUAACGGCGGUGGAUACGGCAAUGGCCACUCGAACGGCUAUGGCGGUGGCCGCGGCGGAUACGGUGGAGGAGGUGGUGGUGGUGGUGGAUAUGGAGGCGGCGGCUACGGAGGUGGCGGCGACCGCAUGUCCAACCUCGGCCAGGGCCUGAAGCAGCAAGAAUGGGAUCUCGAUGCCCUCCCCAAGUUUGAGAAGUCGUUCUACAAGGAAGAUCCCGCAGUCACUGCCCGAACGCCUGCUGAGGUAGACGAGUUCCGAAAAGCCAGUCAGAUGACCAUCCAGGGCAAGAACGUCCCUAAGCCCGUUACCACAUUCGACGAGGCCGGUUUCCCAGCAUACGUUAUGAACGAGGUCAAGGCACAAGGUUUUGCAAAGCCCACUGCCAUCCAAUCUCAAGGUUGGCCCAUGGCUCUUUCCGGACGUGACGUCGUCGGUAUUGCCGAGACUGGAUCUGGAAAGACCCUUACCUACUGCCUCCCCGCCAUCGUCCACAUCAACGCACAGCCUCUUCUCGCGCCAGGCGACGGUCCCAUUGUGCUCAUCCUCGCCCCUACGCGUGAGUUGGCCGUUCAAAUUCAGCAGGAAAUCAGCAAGUUCGGAAAGUCAUCUCGUAUCCGAAACACUUGCGUCUACGGUGGUGUCCCCAAGGGCCCUCAGAUUCGUGACCUUGCUCGCGGUGUAGAAGUCUGCAUUGCUACCCCCGGACGUUUGAUCGAUAUGUUGGAGGCCGGCAAGACUAACUUGCGUCGUGUCACUUACCUUGUGCUUGAUGAGGCCGAUCGCAUGCUUGACAUGGGUUUCGAGCCCCAGAUCCGCAAGAUCAUUGGACAGAUUCGCCCCGAUCGUCAGACUUGCAUGUGGUCUGCCACAUGGCCCAAGGAGGUUCGCCAGUUGGCUGCUGACUACCAGAAAGAUUGGAUCCAGGUCAACAUCGGCUCCAUGGAUCUCUCUGCUAACCACCGCAUCCAACAGAUCGUUGAGCACUUGGAGACUAUCAUGGACGAUAAGAACAACAAGAUCUUGAUCUUCACAGGUACCAAGCGCGUUGCCGACGAGAUUACACGAUUCCUUCGUCAAGACGGCUGGCCAGCAUUGUCUAUCCACGGUGACAAGCAGCAAAACGAGCGUGAUUGGGUUCUGAACGAAUUCAAGACAGGAAACAGCCCCAUUAUGGUCGCCACCGAUGUGGCUUCCCGUGGUAUUGAUGUACGUAACAUCACCCAUGUGCUCAACUAUGACUACCCGAACAACUCGGAAGAUUAUGUUCACCGCAUUGGUCGUACCGGUCGUGCCGGAGCCAAGGGUACCGCCAUUACCCUCUUCACCACCGACAACUCUAAGCAGGCUCGUGAUCUCGUCUCUGUACUUACCGAGUCCAAGCAACAAAUUGACCCCAAGCUGCAUGAGAUGGCGCGCUACGGUGGCGGAGGCGGUGGUCGAUGGGGUGGCGGUCGUGGCCGUGGUGGACACCGUGGUGGAGGAGGCAACUGGACUGGAAGCAACAAUGCACCUGUCCGUAACAGCCGCUGGUAG